AGUGAGCGUAAUUAAAAUCUAUUAUAGAUAAUAAAUUGGGAGCAUAUCUGUCAAAUUUUGGGUGUCUGAAGGAUAUUACGGGGUUACGACCCAUAUUUUCGCUAGCAAACGCUCCAACUCUGGCCUCUUGUAAUUAAUAUAUUUGUCUUUGAACGAAUUUUAAGAAGUAAAUGUUGGUCAAACUGUUGUAUGUAAAUAAUUGUUGUAGGUAUUUGGAAAUAGUCGUAAUAAAGCAAGUAAUAUAAUUAUAUUUGUCAUCGGUAUCAUUAAAAAACGUGAGCUGCACGAGAUGGCAGGUAUGUCGGAUCCGGAACCGAGGUACAUACUGAGGUCCUCCCUGCCGGCGAUCCACUGCGCACACUUCUGGAAGUCCGGCGGGCGGGACGUGCUGCUGUGCGGCUGCGAGGACGGCAACGUGUACUCGUGGGACCUGGAGACUGCUCGCACAGACGGCGUGCCGACGCUCGCCGCGGGAGCCGCGCAGUGCCUGUCCCUGAGCUCCGCGGGCGACCUGCUCGUCACCCAGGACAGGUCCGGUCGCGUGGGGCUGUGGUCGCAGGGGGAGAGCGCGUGGACCCAGCUGCGCUCCAUCGCCCUCGACUACUCGGGCUUCUGCCGAGUGUGCGUCUCCGGGGGCGGGGACGACUUGCUGGUGUGCCCCCAGCGCGUCGGGACGCUGGAGGUGUACUCCGCCAAGACGGCGGGGAAGGUUUCAGCGCUCCCAAGCUCCGGAGGAGACGGACCGGGAAAACUCGGGGAAGUCAUGACUGCUAAGCUCGUACACUUGUCCGGGGUACCCUACGUUAUCGCCGCGUACGAGAACUGUGAAAUACAUCUAUGGGACCUUAGAGCUGAGCAUUCCAUCAGUAAGUACCUGUUACCGAAAUGCCCGAUAGCUUUGGAGUUUGACGACACCUUGGGAUUGGGUCUGUGCGGUAACGUAUCCAGAAAAAUUCCGGUAUUUAAGCUGGAGAAGACUGGUACGUUCACGACCGUAGCCGAGAUUAAACUGCCUGCGCCAGGUGUCUCGUGUGUCCGAAUGGAGCCGGAAAGGAAAUUUGUAGCCGUCGGUUGUUGGAACAAGACUAUACAGUUUAUUUCGUGGAAGGAUAAGGUAGCUAGUUCUCCUGUCCAAAUUACUGUGCAUAAAGAUGUUGUUCAAGACAUUUGUUUCUCACCCUGGUCUGUUCCAAGCUGGGAGUCAAAGUGUCUAAUGGCUGCCUGCAGUAAAGACUCCCAAGUGUCAUUAUGGGAUUUUUUAAAUGUUUUUUAAAUAUUGUUUUAUAUUUAGAAAAGAUGUUUGUACAGUAAUUGGCUGAUUGGAAUAUAUUUAAACAAUUUAUUUUCACAAUGUCAAUAUGUAAACAACAUUCCUGAUAUGCAAGGUCACAAUUUAAUAAAAAUAUCUUUACAGUAACAAUAUAAAA